GAGGAUAGUAAAGAAGACCCCGCAAGAAGAAGAAGAGGAAGAUUGACAACAACAACAAACUGAACCAAAAACGCUAAACAUCUCCCUAACUUCUGAUUUCCUUGUAUUUAUUGGUGUUCCCUGACCUUUCCUGAGUUAUGGCGGAGCAAAACAAAGACAACCCCCUGCACAUCUCAUGGCACGACAGCAUGUGGGUGCCGCACCUCAACUCCUCCAAUGUGAUGAACUACUUCAGCGAACGGUCCAACCCCUUCUACUCCCGGGAUUGCAACAAUGAGUUCAUCAAGAUGCAACAGAACACUCGCGUUGACCAGCUCACGCACAUGCAGGGUGUGGAGUACAUUCUGCUGCAUACACAGGAGCCAAUUCUGUACAUCGUCCGCAAGCAGAACCGUUACUCCCCGACGCAGGUGACGCCCCUCGCUAACUACCACAUCAUUGGCGGCCAGGUGUUCCAGACGCCGGACCUCGGAUCAAUUAUCAACUCGCGCAUGCUGGCGGCAGUGAGCAACCUGAACAGUGCCUUCACGGAGCUGCAGAUGUACUCGCAAUACCACCCGUCCAAGGGCUACUGGUGGCAGUUCAGAAACCAUCCUGACUCUGCUGCCGCUGCCUCCGCCGCCGCCAAGGACAAAGAGAAGAAGCAGAAGGCCAGCAGUGUAGGACGCGAGGAGCCUGCCUCAAUCUUCCAGCACAGGCGGGUGGGUGCCCUGCUGGAGGACCUGCAGGCUAAGUUUCCCUACAAGUACCCUGCCCAGACACCACAGCAGCAGCAGCAACAGCAGCAGACACAGCAGGCCACUCAGCAGGGCACACAGCAGCAGAGUCAGCAGGAGGGAGGAAUAAAGCUAGAGGACAUCAAGAGUGAGAUCAAAACAGAGGUCAAAUUAGAGGUGAAGGCAGAAGUAAAAGGUGACCCAUCCCCCCAGCCUGCCUCACAACGCUCAGCCCGCCCACCCCCGGAGAAGAGGCAACGCACAGGCCCAUAGCACUGAAAUGUGUGUGUGUGUGUGUGUAAGGGGAUGUACGAGUGUCCGAGUAUGAGUGAUAGCAACUGGACUGUAUGCCUGGGUAUGUUAUGUGUUAGCAAGUCAUGAGGUGUAUUUGAGGCUGUAUUCUCAAGCAUUCUGUCGUUAUAUAUAUUGGUUUACAGACCCUACUGGAUGUCGUCAGGUUUUCAAGGGUGUUUUUGUGGCUCCUGUGAUGGCUUGAGAGGUUCUACUGGAAGUUAUUGGGGUUUUAAAGUCAGUUUUCUUGAUUCCAGUGAUAUUUUCAAAGAUUUUACUGGAAUUUAUUGGGUUUUGAAGUCAGUUCUUAUUAUUCUAGUGAUGGUUUAAGAGAUUCUACUCUGGAAGUUAUUUUUUAUUUAUUUAUUUAUUUUUUUGAGUGACAGUUUAACAAGUUUGCUGCAAGUCAUUAUUUUUUUUAAGUGUAUUUUUUUUUUAUGAUUGCAGUGAUUGUUUAAAAGUUCCUCUUGGGAAUUAUUAGGAUUUUCAAGUCAGUUUUCAUGAUUUCCAGCAACAGCGUAACAAAGAUUCUGCACCAAACAACACCCGUGGGAACCUGACAGACCAUCAGUGAAAGAACAAAGAGUGUGUCAUUAGAUCUAGUUUUGUGAUUUAUUUUUUGUUUUGUAUUGUGUCUGUCUGUUGUGGGUGUGAGGUGUGGUGAUUGAGAGAGACAGGCUGCAGGAGGAAGAGGAGCAGCAGGAGGAGUGUGUUAGGAUGAUUAUGGUGAUGAGGAGAGGAAGAGAUGGUGAUGGUAAGUGAGUUUCCCUGCUCAAGGGUUGUGACUGACUGAAUGACUGUGUGUGACUGACUGUGUGUGUGACUGACUGCAUGACUAACUGACUGACUGACUGCCUGUGUGACUGACUGAUGGACUGAUUGUGUGUGUGUGUGACUGACUGAAUGUGUGACUAACUGACUGACUGACUGACUGACUGACUGACUGACUGACUGUGGAACUGAAAGCAUGACUGACUGACUGCAUUACUGACUGACUGACUGCAUGACUGACUGACUGACUGACUGACUGACUGACUGACUGACUGACUGACUGACUGACUGACUGACUGGCUGACUGACUGACCCCACACCUCAAUGCACCAGCAAUGAAAGAAACAAGAGAAUCUUUUCAUAAACUGCAAUAAACUAGAAAUAUUGUU